AUGAUAUAUCCAGGAUAUGCAUGUUAAAGUUUCUUAAUUAAAAAUAUAAAAUCAAGAUCUGAAUUUUAAAAUUAGAUGGAAAAACUCUUAAUUUUUAUUUUUUUAUGUAUAAGGUAAUAAUAGCAUACUUAUAUUGUAGAGUGUUAAGUUAACUAGAUGAAUAUCCAAAACACUUAUUUAUUCACCAUAAGAAUUAGCAACGAUUACUUUAAUCAGAAUGCCAUUAUUCUUGUUAAGAAUGUGACGGAUCUACUGAAUAGGAUUGUUUAUCAUGUAAUUCAGGACUUGGUCGAUAUUAUGAUUCAAUAAAAAGAAUGUGUUUUUGUGAGAAAAAUCUUUUUGAUGUUGGAAUUUCAGAAUGCUUAAUUUUAAAUGAAGCUGUUCCAUCUGGAGAAUUAAGUUAAGAAAACAAUACAAUUAAAGAUUUUUGCAAAUUUGGAUAGUUUAAAGUUUUGCUUUAAAACGAUACUAUAAUUUGUUUAAAUUGGUAUUUAUUGAAUAAAUAUUCAGUCCAAAGUCAAUAAAUAACAAUCUAAAUUGUUUAGACUGUUAUCUUAAUCCAGAUAGCUGGUUUAAGUAACCUAGAUGUACUUCUGAUUUUUUAUAGCUUAAAAAUGAUGAAAAUUAUGGCUAUUUGAUGUAAAAAAGGGAAGAAAUUAAUUUUGUGAUAUACUUUAUAAGCGAAACCUUUUCUUUGAUAUCAAACCCUUACUAUUCAUAUAUAUGUUCUGAAUAAGAUUUGCUUCUUGGAGAUGUUGAUUGCUAGUUGAUGGAUGAAAAACACAUAAAUAAACAAUUAUAUGCUGUAUGUAAAGAUUAUUCCUUUUAUGAUACUAACUCUUGCAUUUUAUGUCCAUUGUUUUGUUCAACGUGUAAUAAGAAUGAAUGCUUAGGUUGCAUCAAUCAUUCUUACUUGUAUAAUGGUUUAUGUUUUGAAUGUCCUUAAGAAUGUAAAGAGUGUUAAUACAAUUAAACAUUGAAUAUUGUUGAAUGCAAUUAAUGCUAUGAGUAAUUUUAAUUUAUAAUUAGAAAUUUUGGAUUAGUUUAAGGAAAUUGUAUUGAAUGCGGUUUAAAUUGCGCAUCUUGCAUGUUUUGGAGAUUUUAUGAUGCAUAUUAUGGAAAAUGGAUAGAAUAACUCAGAUGUAUUUAAUGUAUUGAUCCUUCUAAAUAUUUUCUAUCAUCAAAUGGUAUUGAUUGUCUAGAGAACAUGCUUUAGAAUUGCUUAUAUGCGUAUCAAACAAACAAUCUUUUUUUUUAUUAUAUGACAACUUAUGAUUAUAAAUUCAAGAGUUUUUUAGAAGCCAUAUCUGGAUGUGCCAGAUGCAAAGAGGGGUAUGAUAUUGAUUAAGAUGGUAAAUGUGUUUCUUCAGAAAACUUAAUCGUAUCUUGCUUGGUUGUUUUUAGAUCCUCACCUCAAGAAAAUAAAUGUUUGAUAAGUGAUUAUUCAUGGAGCUAAUAGAAUAACUAGUGUUAAGAAGUCAUCUCAAAUUGUUAGGAAUGUAUAAAAGAAUCCUGGACUCUCAAACUACUUUGCAUAUUAUGUUAACCUGGGUAUUAUGCUCACAGAUUAUUUGGAUAUUGUAUUUAAUGUCCUGAAGAAUUGAAUUGUAGAAUUUGCUAUUAAUAACAAAGUCUCUUUUAAGAUGAUUGGGUAGUAAAUAUAAGAAGCUUUUAUGAAGGUGUUAUGGAUGCUGUUUAUGUAUAAACAGAGACUACACUUCCUAGGACUUUUAGAACUUAUGCAUAAAGUUAAAAUAUAAGUGAUUAUGAGAUCUCUUGUAAACUAUGUUUAGAUGGAUAUUAACUUCAUAAGAAUAUUUGCAUUUUAAAAUGUCCUCAGGAUUGCCUAGAAUGUAAAAUUGAAAAUAAUUAAAACAUCUGUAUAAAAUGUUAAAAUGAUUAAUAUGGAAAAGUAUUAUCUUUGGUUGAUAAUAAGUGCUUAUCUUGUCCUUCAAACUGUGAUUUAUGCAUUCCAAGGAUUCCUGAAGAAAUUAAAAAGAUAAAUCCUUAUUUUAAAAAUUAAAAAUAUUAAAAUUUUGCAAAUCGAUGUGUUAAAAAUUCUAAUUUAGAAUCUUUUGUUUAUGAUCCAGAUUUUGGAUAUUUUAUUAAUUGUGAAUCUAAAGAUAAAUUAUGUUAAAACAUUUUGACAAUUAAUUUAAAGUUAUAUUGCGAUCAAGAAUAAUACAAUAAUGAUUUAGAAAUUUCAUCCUAAACUUAAAAAAAUAAGAUCAAAUUUUUGAAAACCACAUUAUUUUUAGAUGAUCUCUUGCUUAAUUCAUUUUAAUAAUUUGAAAAUGAUUAAUUUUAUUCUUUAUUGAACAUUAAAUAAAUAGGGAAACUUAAAAUAAGAAUUUCAACUCAAUAAAAUUAGGAUUGUUUUAUUUAUAAUAAAGUCACUAUAGCUUAACUUUUUAGAAUGAAUGUAUUUUCAUUAAGGUAACAUAUAUAUGAUUAUUAAGUUCUGUAAAUCUUGAAUUUAUUGGGAUUAAGGAUACUAAUUUUUAUAUUUUUGAUACUUUAGAAUUUCACAAUUUUUCAAGCAUUUCUUUUGAUUCAAUAAACUUUGGUUUCAAGACUUCAUCUAUUAUUAAUCAGUAAACUGUUAAGUUUGUAAGUAUUUUACAAUAGACAAUAAAAUUCUAAAACUUAAAAAUUGAGUAGGAGGCUAAUUAAAUUUAGGAUAUUAAUAUUUAAUUUAAUAACAUUGAUCUAAUUUAUAUUCAUGAUGUUUAAAUCUCAAAUCUAAACUUGAAUUCUACAAAUGGAUUAUUUUAAUUUAUAUCAGCAGAUUCAAGUAAUACUGGAACAAUUAAAUUUGAAAACUUAAAUAUUUAUUCAACAAAUUUAAUCAAUACUAAAAUAAUGUCUUAUGAGAUUUCUAAUUCAUUUAUGAUUUAUUUAGAUAACAUCUCACUUAAUUUAAAUUUAACAAAUUCUAAUUUUUUUACAUGUAAUUAGAUAAUUAAUUUUGGAAAUUUAAUCAUAAACAAAUUAUAACUUACUAAUUCUGUUAUUAAAAACACUUCAUGCUUGAUUUAGGGAAAUUUCUUGAAACUAAUAGAUAUAAAUACUAUUAUUUUACAAUAAAAUUAAUUUGAUCAUAGCAAUCUUAUAUUAUUGAACAACAACAUUACAUUGUCAAAUAUUUAAAUAGAAAAUUGUGUAUUAUUAAACAGUUAUUUAAUACUGAAUAAAUUAGCUGAAAAAAAUCAUCUAGAUACUGAGUAUUUAUUUAAUUUAAAGAAUUUCUUGAUUAUAAAUAACUAAUAUAACGUUGGUACGAAGUAUAUUACAAUCUAUCGUUAUACUUCUACUACUUCUAAGAUUAUUUUUGAAUAAUUAAAAAUUUAAAAUAAUAUAAUACUUGACACUGAAUUAAGAAACUAAAAGAAAUAAUAAAGUGCCUCAAUUAUAUUAGAAAGUGAUGAAAUAUAUCUUAAAAAUUUUGAAAUAUUUAAAAUAAGAGGAAUACCAGAUUUUUCUAUUAUAAAUUCACAUAAUUUAACUAUUAAUGAUUUAUACGUUACUUCUUAAAUCAAUAAAGAGAAGCUGUUUUUAUAGAAAUAAUCAUUAUAAACCAACGAUUUAGGAAUAGUAUUUCAUAUUUAUUCAGUGAAAUAAAUUAGAUUUCAAAGUGUACAUUUAGUAUCUCUAUUUAUUCAUAAUUAUCCAAUUAUCUAUUAUGAAUAAGCAACAAAAUCCUUAAUAAAUUAGGAUGGUUAAAUUGAAGUUUAUAAUUCAAAAUUUACAAAUAAUUUGUUAUAUUAAAGUAAUUCAUCAUUUAGUACUAACCUUAUUGAAAUUUUCUCAGCUUAAAAGGUAAUAAUAAAUUUCAUUAAUUCUACUUUUGAAAAUAAUAUUAUCUAUUUUUAAACAACAAGUACUAGUGUUUAAUCAACUAAUCUUUUAAAUAUUGAUUGCUCUGAAUGUUCAGUUAACUUGAGGGAAUUCAAUUUUUUAUCUAAUGUGGCUAUUAAUACAACUUCUUCAACUCUCUUUAUUAAGUCCACUAAAGUAUCAAUUAGCGAAAGUGUCUUUAAAUAAAAUGGCUUUAUAAGUAUAGAUAUAAUAAAUUUUUUAAAUCAGAUAGAAGUAUAAUUUGAUAAUAGUUUAUUUUACCAAGGUUCUGGAAAUGGAGUAUUUUAAACUGAUAAUAUGUAUGUUCUUAAUUGUAACUAUUUUAAUCAGUAUGGUUCAAAAGGAGCAUCCAUAUCAUUUUCCCCUUUAAACUAAGGGUUGUUAAAAAUAGAAAAUACUAUAAUUGAUAUAUCCCAAAACUAUUUUAUCUAAGAAAAUGAAAAAGGAGGUGUAAUUUAUAUUAGCUCUUCGUCAACCAAUUUAUAAUUGGAAAUUAUUAAUUGCUAAUUUUCCAACAUAUAUUCAAUUUAAGGAGGGCUAAUAAUGAUAGAAAGUUCGUAAAACAGUAUUUAAAUUCUAAUCAGCAAUACUUAUAUAAUGGAUUUCUUCUCUUUAUAAGGAUCAUUAGUUUAUGUAAAUUUUGAAGAAUAAUACACUGAUAAUUCAUUAAUAUAACUUUAAGAUCUAAAAUUAUCAAACACUUUAGAAGGAUUUUCUAAAUUUUUUUAGUUAUACAAAGAUAAAAAUUAUAAUUUAUAAGAAAUCGAAGCAUCAGAGAAUUUUUAAAUUAUGUUGUAUAAGAGAUCAAUUAUAUUUUCGAAAUUAGGAAGAAUAUAAAUAAAGAACCUAAUCAUUUGUGGACUAAUUAAUGAAAUCAUUAUUUAUGAUUAAUAUCUUAGGAUGCUACAAAUAAACUCCAUCUAUAUAACAAAUUCAUCAAUAUCAAAUUAAGGAUUGAUAUAUUUGGCUCCUUUUUAAAGUAUAAAUUAAUUCUUAAUUUUUUAGAUAAAAAUUUCUCAAUUUAUAUAAAUUCUGUUCUUGUUGAGAACCUUAAAACAAAUACGGAUGAAAUUCAAAGUGCAUAUUAUAAGUAUGCAAAAAUAAGUAGGUAGAAUAUUUUUGGUAUAAUUAACAUAUUAAAUAUCCAUUAGGAGGGGAUUAUGGAAUUUAGGAACAUAAAAUUUAUAAACAAUUAGUGUUAUAAUUGUCAAGCAGGUCUAAUGAACUUUCAAUUUAAUAAUUAUAGUCAGAAUAAUUUAUUCAUUUAAGACAUCACUUUUAAAUAUAAUAUAUGCGGAGAGCGAGGUUGCCUAAACAUAGUUUAGGAUAACAUCUAUUAUUAUCUUAUUGAUGAUUAGGAUAACCUGAGGUUAUUAGAAGGAGAAAAAGUAAAUAAUAUCUUAAAUUAUGUAUUUACAAUUUAAGACUAUUAUUGCUAUUAAAAUUUAGGAACUUAUGGAGUUUGUUUAUUUGUUUAGAAUUUAGCAGGAUAGAUCGAUCGAGCAAUAUUUUCAUAAAACAAUGCUACAGUAUCAGGUGGUGCGGUUUAUUCAUUUGGAAAUAAAUCUAAUUUACAAAUAAUGAAAGCUCAAAUAGUAGAAAAUUAUGCUAAUUUUGGAGGUGGUAUGUCAAUAAGAAAUCACUUUUCUCCAAAUUUGAAAUAGUACGAAACAUUCUCUUUCGAAAACUAAGCCUCUUAUUUUGGAAAUGAUUAUGCAGAGUAUCCAACACAUCUUAUCAUUUAAAUAAAUAAUUACAAUCAAUUCAUAUAUAAAUAACAUUCUUCUUUAAACACAUAAUAAAAUAAUAUUAGAAUCUUUACUGCUACUUUGUUAAACAAUGAAUAAUAAAUAAAAUAGAUUUUAUUACCAAGUGCAUAACAUCUAUAUUUAUACUAACAGUUUGAUUGGGAAAAUAAUAAUUAUAUUAUGAUGAAUUAUACUUUAAGAUUAAUUCCAUAUGAUUAAAGGAAUAAUAGAAUAAAAAAUUUAACAUCUAGUAAAUGUUCAAUUAAAGGAAGAUUAUAUGAUUAUAAGAAAUUAGAAGAGAGUGAACAAAAAGCAUUNUUCUCAUAUUAAGUUCAAAGUUAAUCAUUGAUAUCCAUUUCAGAUCUAAAAAUAAAUAAUAGUUUUUCCAGCUUUGCUAAAUUUCAAAAACAAAUAUUAGAAUCUAUAUCAAAUUAAGCAAUUGAUAAGCUUUUUCAAUAUAGGUCAAUGUUUUAUUCUGAAUAUGGAAAACUCUCUAUCUUUAAUAUGUAUAUAUUGCAAUCUCAUUAAGAAAUAGUCAUAAUAGAUUAUUUUAUUAAAGGACUUAUUCUUAAAUAAGUUGAUAUUAAAAAUACAAAUUAUUCUUAAUAUGGAUUAAUAUUUAUUUAUCCAAAUACUGGUAAUCAUAUUUAUAUGUAUUAUAGUUUAAAAAGUGGAAAUUUCAAUCAAGGAAUUAUCAAUAUCAGGAUCGUUAAUAUCUGAUUUAAAUAUCUUUUCUUAUGAUUUAAUUUUAGGUUUGAUUAAUAUAUUAAAUCUAAAUGAGUAACACUAUGUAAUCAUGGAUGAUAUUUAACUCUAAAAAAUUAAUUGUAGUGUUUGUCAAAAGGGAUUAAUAAAUAUUGAUGGUACAAUUACAUUACCUAAAUAAAUAAUGAUGAGGAGAAUAAAUAUAUAAAACAAUACAUGUGGUUUGAGAGGAUGCGUAAAUAUUUGGACAGAUAAUGAGAUUUUAGAUGAUACAAAAUAAAUAAAUCAAUCAACAAAAAGGUAGCUUUAAUCAAAGACUUUGAAUUUGGUUUUUCCUUAUUCAAUUGUAAUUGAAAAUUAUUUAUGUAAUGGAAAUAUAGCUAAUUUUGGAGUUUGUCUGAGGAAUAAAGAUUAUUCCAUUUUACUUGACUCUUUAUAAUUACUUAAUAAUAAGGCAACUAAUUAAGGAGGAGCAAUAGUAUUUUCAGGUAGCAAGGCAAUAUUUAAAAUAAUAAAUAGCAUAAUAGCAAAUAAUGUAGCCUCUGUUGCUGGAGGAAUUUAUUAUUCUGAAUCAUUUUCACAAAAUUAUUCCAAUCUUAACUCUUAUAUUUUUAAUAACAGUGCAAUUUAUUAUGGAAAUGAUACAAUUGAAUUACCAAAUUAAAUAAAAAUAACUAUUCACAAUCAUUCAUAUUCAAAUUAAUAAAUAUUCUUCAAAAAUGAAAUAGUGAUAGAUUAAGUAUUAAUUUCAAAUUAAUAUCAAAAUAACUAAUCUAGUGUUCUCUUACCAAGCGGAUAACUUAUAUAUUUAUAUUAAUAGUUUGAUUGGGAAAAUAAUAAUUAUAUUAUGAUGAAUUAUACUUUAAGAUUAAUUCCAUAUGAUUAAAGGAAUAAUAGAAUAAAAAAUUUAACAUCUAGUAAAUGUUCAAUUAAAGGAAGAUUAUAUGAUUAUAAGAAAUUAGAAGAGAGUGAACAAAAAGCAUUUAGUAAUAAUUUCACAAAUUUAAAUGAAGUUGUUUAUGAUAAUUUUAUGGAAGAAUACAAUUUUGAUCAUUUGAUUAUAUAUUUUGAUCCUGAUUUACCUGAAAAUAUUGUUUUAUAAUUUGAAUUUACAUGUGAUUCAAUUAGAAUACCAAUUUUAAAUGAGAUUUAAUAAAUAGAUACUAUAAUUAAAUAAUCAAAAGAAUUAUUAUUUAAGAUUAAAUAUAAAAACAUUACGUUGUUAAAUUGGAGAAUUAAAAAGUGA